AUGGAGACUUCACCAAACUACUACUACUCCUACUUCCCCGUCUUCCUCUGCUUCACCUUCAUCGCCUACAAAAUCCUCGGCCGCCGCCGUUGGAUCAACCGCCACGACGAUCCUCCCUUACCUCCGUCGCCCACCGCGCUCCCAAUAAUCGGCCACCUCCACCUCCUCAAGCCGCCGCUCAACCUUUCCCUCCAAACCCUCCUCUCCCGCCACGGCCCGAUCCUCUUCCUCAAAUUCGGCCGCCUCCCGUCCCUCAUCCUCUCCUCCCCCGCCGCCGUCGAGGAGUGCUUCACCAAACACGACGUCGUCUUCGCCAACCGCCCCAAAUCCAUGUCCGCCGACCACUUCACGUACAACUACCGCUCCUACGUCUGGGCCCCGCACGGCGAGCUCUGGCGGGCCCUAAGACGGUUCAGCGUCUCCGAGAUCUUUGGACCGAGGGCCCUCCUGAGGUCCGCCGCGGUCCGGCAGCAGGAGGUCGCCGCCUUGCUCCGCCGCCUCCUGGCUGAGUCGUCUGGUUCCUCGGGAGGUGGCGAUGGAAAACUAGUCAAUCUCAAGUUCAUGCUGUCGAUUCUGACGGUGAACGUCAUGAUGAGGGUGGCCGUCGGGUGGCGGUGCGUGGAGGAGGAGGAAGCCGGCACGGCGGAGGAGAGGCGCAAGUUUCAGGAGUUCAAGGACCGGUUCUACCCAAACCUGGGGUUGACCGUGUGCGACUUCUUCCCCGUUCUGCGCGCGAUUGGGUACGGCGGGAUCGAGAGGAAGAUGGUCGGGUUGAUGAAAGAGCGGGACGAGUACUUCCGCCGCCUGGUGGAUCGUGUUCUGGCGGAGAGGAGGCGGCGGCGGAGGGGGGAAGAUUCCGAUGAUGGAGCGACCGGAUGCGGAGAAGAGGUGAAAUCGGUGGCGGAGAUUCUCCUGUCGCUGCGGGAAUCGGAUCCCGGAUUCUACACCGACGAAGUGGUCCAUAGUACUAUUUCGCAGAUGAUGUUUAUCGCGGGGACAGAGACCACCUCGAUCACCCUAGAAUGGGCGAUGGCGCUCCUCCUGAACCACCCACGAGCCAUGCAGAAACUCCGAACCGAGAUCGACGACACCGUCGGCGUUCACGAUCGAUUGAUCAACGAACACGACAUCCCCAGCCUCCCUUACCUAAAAUGCGUCAUAAACGAAACCCUAAGACUCUACCCUCCAGCUCCAUUCCUCUUGCCCCACAGCUCCUCAGAAGACUGCACCGUGAAAGGAUACCGCGUGCCCAAGGGCACGACGCUGAUGGUCAACGUCUGGGCGAUGCAGAGGGACCCGAAGCUGUGGGAGCAGGCGGACGAGUUCCUGCCGGAGAGAUUUGAAUCAGCACGGCCGGCGGAGGAAGGUUGUAAGUAUGCUCCGUUUGGGAUGGGGAGGAGGUCGUGUCCCGGCGCUGGGAUGGGGAUGGGGUUGGUGUGUUUGGCUUUGGGGUCGUUGGUUCAGUGCUUUGAGUGGGAGAAGGAGGAGGAGGCGGUGGUGGAAGAUAUGAGUGCUGAUUUUGGGAUUGCUCUGUCGAAAAAGAUGGCGUUGGAGGCUAAGUGUGCUCCUCGUUGUGAUGUGGUUAGGCUUCUGUCGAAUGUUUAAGGGGGGAUAUGUGGUUUGCUUGUUUUGGAUCUGGAUGUUUUGAGGUUCCAUCAAAACAAAAUGAUAGUGUACUAAGUAAUUGCUAGUUAUUGAUGAAAAGAAUGUGUGACCCUAAAAUUAUGUAAUUCUACAACGAAGAAGAAGGGUUUGGUAUAGUGGUAAUACCACUAGUCUAGAACCUGAAGGUCCAACCGUCCAAGCGGUUCGAAUCACUUAAGUAGUACCUUAAUCACAAAAGAGAAACCUAUAUCACCCAUAUAAAAAAAAAGUUAUGUAAUGCUACGUUAUUAUAGACAUCCAAUAAAGUUUGGAAGCAAUAAAAAAAAAAUCUUAGGGCUCGUUUGCUUGUUGGAUUUGAAAAUGAAGGUUUUGAGUUUUGAAAACCUUUGGAUUUAUGAUGGAUUUAUUGCAUUUUGUAUUUGAAAG